AUGUCUGAUACCACGGUUGCUGUCGUCAAAACUAAAGAACGGGGUGGAUUCUCAUGUCCUAUGCUCAACUUGACAAACUACACAGUUUGGGCCAUGCGAAUGAGGAUCACCCUUAGAGUUAACAAAGUUUGGGAAGUUAUUGAAACAGACCAGAUCGAUGAUGAGAAAAACAAUUUGGCCAUGGCUCUGUUAUUUCAAUCCAUACCAGAAAGUCUUAUUCUGCAGGUUGGUGAACUUGACACGGCGAAAAAGGUUUGGGAAGCUAUCCAAGCAUGGCAUGUUGGAGCUGAACGAGUCCGAGAGGCUAGGCUACAAACACUCAUGUCUGAAUUUGACAGGCUUAAGAUGAAGGAUUCUGACAAAAUUGAUGAUUUCGUCGGAAAAAUCUCUGAAAUAUCCUCCAAAUCUGCUGCACUCGGAGUUAACAUCAAAGAAUCAAAAGUAAUUAAGAAGUUUCUAAAAAAUAUAGUUGGACGCAUGAAGGCGUAUGAAGAACGUAUCUCUGAGGAAGAAGAUGUAUCAGAAGAUCAAGGAAAGCUUAUGUAUGCGAAUAUGGAGACACAAUCAAACCGAGAUUACAAUGACAACUUCCGCUACAGAGGUCGAGGAGGACGAUCUUACUACACAGGCAGAGGUCGAGGAAGGACUAAUGGAGGAAGAGACACAUCAAAGAUAACCUGUUUCAGAUGUGACAAAAUUGGACAUUAUGCUUCAAGCUGUCCUGAUCGCCUGCUUAAGUUACAAAAAAUUCAAGAACUCGACAACAAAGAAACUCAGGAUACAGACGAGCUUAUGAUACACGAGGUAGUCUUUUUGAACGAGAAGCUCUGCAACCUAAGUCAAAUGGACACUAACGCAAGAGAAGACAAUAUUUGGUAUCUCGACAAUGGUGCUAGUAACCAUAUGACUCGUGAUCGUCGAUAUUUUGAUAGCAUUGAUAACUCUGUUAUAGGUAAAGUAAGAUUUGGCGAUGAUUCAAGGAUAGAUAUAAAAGGUAAAGGACCAAUCUCCUUUAUUGAUAUCAAUGGUGAACCUCGGAAGAUGAUGGAUGUGUACUUUAUCCCAGACUUAAAGAGCAAUAUUAUCAGUCUGGGACAAGCCACUGAAGCAGGGUGUGACGUCAGGAUGCUAGGAGAGUGUCUGACCAUGCAUGACCGAAACAGAAAACUACUUGUGAAGGCAGAUAGGUCAAAGAAUCGGUUAUACAAGGUCCGUAUGGGAGUUGAGAACACUACCUGUCUGCUCUCAUCUACUGUUAGUGAGUCUAGUAGAUGGCACGCAAGUUUGGGGCACUUAAAUGCUGAGAAUUUGAAAAAUAUGAUGCAGAGGGAUCUCACCUUUGGACUACCACGUUUUGUUCUUGACACAGAAGUUUGUUCAUCAUGUUUGCUCGGUAAGCAAACUCGAAGAUCUUUUCCUUGCGCUAUUUCAUACAGAGCAGCUAAUGCUCUAGAACUUAUUCAUGGAGACCUUUGUAUUGAUCAAGAUCGAGUAAGCUAG